AUGGACUUGAAUCAAAGAAAGGAAAAAAAGGGCCAGCAUGUUGGAUGCUGUGGCUCCAGGACAGACCUGUCUGCUGACACAGUGGAACUGAUAGAAAGAAUGGACAGAUUGGCUGAAAAUCAGGCGACAGCUUCCAUGUCGAUCGUUGCGUUACCGUCUAGCUUCCAGGAGAGCAAUAGCAGUGACAGGUGCAGAAAGUAUUGCAGCAGUGAUGAGGACAGCGACACGUGCAUUCAUGGUAGUGCUAAUGCCAGUACCAAUGCGACUACCAACUCCAGCACUAAUGCUACUACCACUGCCAGCAUCAACGUCAGGACUAGUGCGACUACCACUGCCAGCAUCAACGUCAGGACUAGUGCGACUACCACUGAAAGUACCAACUCCAACACUAAUGCUACUACCACUGAAAGUACCAACUCCAGCACUAAUGCUACUACCACUGCCAGCAUCAACGUCAGGACUAGUGCGACUACCACUGAAAGUACCAACUCCAACACUAGUGCUACUACCACCGAAAGUACCGACUCCAACACUAGUGCUACUACCACCGAAAGUACCGACUCCAACACUAGUGCUACUACCACUGCUAGCACCAACUCCAGCACUAAUGCCACUACCACUGCUAGCACCAACUCCAGCACUAAUGCCACUACCACUGAAAGUACCAACGCUAGUGCCAAGGAGGACGCCAAUAAAGAUGGCAAUGCUGAGGAUAAUAGAUUCCAUCCAGUCACCGACAUUAACAAAGAGUCGUAUAAGCGGAAAGGGAGUCAAAUGGUUUUGCUAGAGAGAAAGAAACUGAAAGCACAAUUUCCCAAUACUUCCGAGAAUAUGAAUGUCUUACAGUUUCUUGGAUUUCGGUCUGACGAAAUUAAACAUCUUUUCCUCUAUGGUAUUGACAUAUACUUCUGCCCAGAGGGAGUAUUCACACAAUACGGAUUAUGCAAGGGCUGUCAAAAGAUGUUCGAGCUCUGUGUCUGUUGGGCUGGCCAGAAAGUAUCGUAUCGGAGGAUGGCUUGGGAAGCACUAGCUGUGGAGAGAAUGCUGCGAAAUGACGAGGAAUACAAAGAAUACUUGGAAGACAUCGAGCCAUAUCAUGGGGACCCUGUAGGGUAUUUGAAAUUUUUUAGCGUAAAAAGGGGAGAGAUCUACUCUCAGAUACAGAGAAAUUAUGCUUGGUACCUGGCCAUUACUAGAAGAAGAGAAACAAUUAGUGUAUUGGAUUCGACAAGAGGCAAGCAAGGGAGCCAAGUUUUCCGCAUGUCUGGAAGGCAGAUCAAAGAGUUGUAUUAUAAAGUAUGGAGCAACUUGCGUGAAUCGAAGACAGAGGUGCUGCAGUACUUUUUGAACUGGGACGAAAAAAAGUGCCGGGAAGAAUGGGAGGCAAAAGACGAUACGGUCUUUGUGGAAGCGCUCGAGAAAGUUGGAGUUUUUCAGCGUUUGCGUUCCAUGACGAGCGCUGGACUGCAGGGUCCGCAGUACGUCAAGCUGCAGUUUAGCAGGCAUCAUCGACAGUUGAGGAGCAGAUAUGAAUUAAGUCUAGGAAUGCACUUGCGAGAUCAGCUUGCGCUGGGAGUUACCCCAUCUAAAGUGCCGCAUUGGACGGCAUUCCUGUCGAUGCUGAUAGGGCUGUUCUACAAUAAAACAUUUCGGCAGAAACUGGAAUAUCUUUUGGAGCAGAUUUCGGAGGUGUGGUUGUUACCACAUUGGGUUGAUUUGGCAAACGUUGAAGUUCUCGCUGCAGAUAACACGAGGGUACCGCUGUACAUGCUGAUGGUAGCGGUUCACAAAGAGCUGGAUAGCGAUGAUGUUCCAGACGGUAGAUUUGAUAUAAUAUUACUAUGUAGAGAUUCGAGCAGAGAAGUUGGAGAGUGA